AUGGCUCCUGUAGCCAAAGAACUAAACGAGAAGGAGCUACUGAAUAAGAAGAUGGAGAAGGAAGAUGGAAAGAAAGACCGUGGCACCUGGACCAGUCAACUGGACUUUCUGCUCGCUCUGAUAGGAGCAUCUGUUGGUCUUGGAAACGUCUGGCGUUUCCCUUAUCUGUGUUACAAGAAUGGCGGAGGUGCAUUUCUAAUCCCGUACUUCAUCUGUUUGAUUCUUGGAGGGAUUCCUCAGUUGAUUCUGGAGAUCGGUCUUGGACAAUGGACAAACCAGGCUGCGGUGACUGCAUGGGAUAUCUGUCCGAUCUUCAAGGGUUUGGGUGGUGCUGGGAUGUUCAUCCAGUUUUUCCUAGACACCUACUACAUCGUGAUCAUGGCAUGGUCCCUCUACUACAUGUUCAUGUCCUUCACGUCCACGCUUCCAUACUCUCACUGCGACAACGCGUGGAACACUCCUUGCUGCUUGGCCACCGGACUUGGUAUGGGCAAUGACACGGCUAAUGACAGCACUGUAAUGACACCGACGGCAAUGUCGUAUGACCCUACUGGAACUCCUUCCACCAACCUCACCGAUACUUGCAAUGGAACAGUUUCAUCGACCGUUGAAUUCUGGGACCGCAAGAUCCUCCAGAUACAUUUAUCGGAUGGUAUUGAGCACCUCGGUGGCAUCAACUGGCAGCUUUUGCUCUGCAUGUUCUUCGCCUGGUUUCUCUGCUAUCUCUGCAUUUGUAAAGGUGUCAAGACGUCGGGAAAGGUGGUGUACUUCACAGCUCCUUUCCCGUACAUUCUCUUGACCAUCCUGUUAAUCCGAGCGGUCACUCUGCCCAAUGCUAUGGAUGGAAUAGUUUACUACCUCAAGCCUGAUAUCACAAGACUACGAGACAGUCAGGUAUGGAUGGACGCAGCCACUCAGAUCUUCUUCUCUUACUCGCUUGGUCAAGGAGUCCUCAUUGCUCUCGGAAGCUACAAUAAACACAAGCAUAACUUCAUCAGGUAA